UCCUCCUUAACAUAGGCCUGAUGUCCUCACGCAUCGCUACACACGCCGAUUCUUGGUACACCGGCAAUGGAACCAAGCUCGACUCGGAGCUGAAAGGCUGGUUCAACGCAGUCAAACCAUCAGCACAGGACAAUUACCAUCCACCCAUCGCGAAGUGCAAAGCCAUCAUCGCACCACAUGCUGGGUAUUCGUAUUCUGGUCCGGCCGCGGCUUGGGCGUAUAAGAGCAUCGAUACUACCGGGAUUAAACGUGUCUUUAUUCUUGGACCAUCACAUCAUGUAUACCUCGACGGAUGUGCUCUAUCGGAAUGCGAGACGUACCAGACGCCCAUCGGGGACUUACCCCUUGAUCUCGAAACCAUCGCAGAGCUAAGAAGUAGUGGAGAGUUUAGCGACAUGGAUCUUCAGACUGACGAGGACGAGCACAGCAUCGAGAUGCACCUACCCUACGUUCGGAAAGUCUUCGAAGGGAUGGACAUUAAGAUCGUCCCAAUACUCGUCGGGGCAAUUGAUAAAGAGAAAGAGGUUGCCUUCGGUCGGACUCUUGCUCCUUACCUCGCACGGGACGACACAUUCUGCGUCGUCUCAAGCGACUUUUGUCAUUGGGGCACACGCUUCUCCUACACAUUCUACUACCCCGAACGUCCUCCUACCGCCCUCGAUCCUAUCCGUCUCUCUCGCACAUCCUCCCCACCCAACCUCCACAAGUUUCCCAUCUACGAAUCCAUUUCCUCCCUCGACCGCGAAGCAAUGGAACUCCUCACCCUGCCACCCUGCACUGCGCGUCAAGCGCACACAUACUUCGCCGAAUAUCUCGCAAGGACGAAGAACACCAUAUGCGGGAGACAUCCUAUCGGAGUGUUGCUUGGAGCGCUGAGUGCGGUGGAAAAGGGAGAAGUAGAGGGCGUAGAGAAGAGGAUGGCAAAGCUGCAAUGGGUGAGGUAUGAGCAGAGUAGUCAGUGUUUGACGGUGAAGGACUCGAGUGUGAGUUAUGCGAGUGCGUAUGUGGUGUUCUAAAGGACAUAGAGUGCCGCCUGUCCGGCAAAGAACCAGCCCCGCCGACGUGUAUCUAAGAAGUGCUUGUUGUAUCAUUCUGUGUACGAAUUUACAGGGCGUAGUGUAUCAAAUGCGGAAAUAUACAAUCAUGUCUGUAUAUGUUACGAUCUACAAUCUACAUCUAUAUCCGUGACCACCUAUUCACCUCUCACAUCCUCGCGACAUGUUCGCCCUUCAACACCAGCCCCACCGGCUCAUCCACCUCGUCCUCGGUCCCAGGGACGCCCUUAUCACUCACCACCUCCCCAUUCUCGAUCUCAAUAUCCUCAAACCCCCAAUCCCUCUGACACCCCUCCUUCAAAUGAUCUCCACCCCCAAGAAGCUUCGCCUCCCACCCCCCAACAAUCUUCUCCGCUCCCUCCUUGCGCCGCACAUGCGUGAGCGAACAACAAGCGAUCCGUAACGGCAUAUUGCGAUCACCAACGAGCUCCCUCGCCAGCGCGAUCACAGUCGCCGCAUGACUGCAGAGCAGAAUCCUCUGGUGUCCUCCUGCACCCUUUCCCUCUGCAGCGGCAGCAGCGGGGAACCGGCGCUCGACCUCGGGAACCAACGCCUCGAGGAAGGCACCGGACCGAUCGUGCACGUCCUUCACGUUCUCGCCUUUGCGGGUCGGGUAGUAUAUCGAGGACCAGGCCGUGGGGUCGAUUUGGGGGAAGUAUUGUUGGAGGGAGGAGGCGGAGGCGGGGCGGGGGUGUAGGCCUGUGUUUGGGAGGACGGGGGAGUACCAUUCGGAGAGACCAUGUUCGACGUAGAUAGGAACUCCGAGGGCGACACUCAGAGGGUUAGCCGUCUGUAAACACCGGUAAUAAGGCGACGAGAAGAUCGCAGUCGGUCUUUGGUCCUCAGGUAACGAGAGGAAAUACUCUGCGACCUCCUUCGCCUGAGUCUCUCCGAACGCAGCUAGCGGUGGAUCCCUAGGUAAUCCCGUCACGCUCUUCCAUUCAGUAGUCACCCAGUUCAACCUAAACCCUACGAUCCCCAAGCCCCAAGCCCCAGAGUCGCAAACACAAGAAUGACAAUGACGAGAUACAUGAGCACGGUGUCCUCAUCCGAUCCUUUCCCAUUACUUCGGGACGUAGAAGACUCAGACUGACCGUGCCUCAAGAUAUAGAUCGUGUCGAUCAUCGU